AUGGAUGAGGCUGCCCGUCUUACUCAUAUUUUGGACUCUGAGUUUGAAGAGGAUGAGGAAGUUGUAUGGAUACCAGAACACUUGAGGCUAUGCGCCUUCGUCCGAGAGGCAGAGCAGCUUCGCCGCGACAGCCUAUCUCUGGCGGAGGAGAGAGAAGAAGAGCAGUGGGAACACAAUCUCGUGAGGGAACGUCGUGAAAUCGUCACACAACGAUUUCGCUCUUUUCGCAAGAGAACCGCAAUCCAAAGAAAUCCGUAUAAGCUUGAUAGGCUGCGACACAAGCAACUACUGAAGGGGUUUGGUUUAGUACUGCGGGAGGACAUCGAGGGCCCUCUUGCAGAAGAAGAAGAAAAGAGCCAAACCGAGGUGGAACAAGUAAUGGAUUUGCACUCAAAAGAUAAAGAGUGGCUGGAGUCUGUUAGUUGGGAGCAACCUGAGUUAAAUGAUUUAUCCGAGAGCCAAUCCGAAGGGGGCGCACCAUCCUCCAGCGGCAGUGAGGUAACCCACACACAGGACGGUACCUGCUCUCCAGAAAAAAAGAUUAUUCAUUAUAGAGGGAAACACUUCAACCUGCGAUCUGGUUUCCGAGGUAUAUUGCCCAAGGUGGCCUGGAAGGCUGCACUGAAAGGUGGGUCGAGCGCAAAUUCUAGCUACAUGAGGCGAGAUAGACAAACAGGGAAAGGUGUAGCAAAGAGGAAAAUUUUAAAAGUACAUUAUGUUUCCGGUGAGAAAUCGCACGACAGCGGAGUAGACCCUGACAUUUUAGGCGGGCACGGCGGGCACGAGGAAAAAUUUCGUGCCCAUGAAACAGAUGACAGUUUGGAUAUCCAGGCCAUCAAAAACUAUUUUGAGGCCAAAUAUGAGAAGGCUUAUGCGUUCGAUGGUUUAUCUGAUGGCGAAGAAACAAACUUGCCAUCAAGCUCUCCCGAGCUCUCGGACCAUAAUGAGACGUUGAAGUCGACAGAGGCAGUUGACAAUCACAAUGACUGUGUCGACGGUUUUGAUUCGGAUCUGCAAAUUUUGAGUGAAGCAGACCUGCCACGGACAGAUAGCAAAUCGACCGGCGAAAUAAUUGACCCGAUGCUCAAUAAAAGACGUAGCUCUUUUCAACACCCGCUUAGAGCCCAUCAGGGUGGCUUCGACCGAGCGCAGUCAUCUAAGGGUGGUACCACUCAGAGCAGAAAAAGUAUGGGAAGAGAAUCCACAAGGAACCGAAGUAGAACUCAUAUACCGACUCCCAAAAAGUCAGUACGUCAUCAUAGAGCCGUUCCUUUAGAAAACCAGAAGGCGCUCCAAAUUAAAGCGAAGAAAGCUGCUCACUGUAAUUCCAACGGUACAAAAAGUGCAAGGGAGGGUUCUGUAUAUCGCAAGACGCCGAGCGGUGAUGUUCUCUCUAAUUUUGUCACACCCUUUUUUCGAGCUGCGGGGCCCGUUGCCUUCGAAACAGCUGUAGAGGGGGAAGGGAACAGGUUUAGCAUUGUCAAGAAACCCGAUCAACAUAGAGAACGCUCAGAGAUUGAAAGACCUUCCGAAAGAGAGGAAUAUAAUUCGAGCUCUUUUGAAAUAUUAGCUUCUGCGAUUACGGGCAUUAAAUGUAAUUCUCCUGAUACCACAGAAAUUGCCUUAUCCGGCAAAAGCUUCAAACUUUCAAAGUUUGAUUCAAACGUCUCUCAACAUCUUCAAGACAUAUUCAGCCACCUUAUCGAAAAGGGCGCUUCUGACUUUGAAGUGCUUUCGAUGAACGAUGCUAUUGUGAGAAUGCUAUCCGACCUUGAUAACCCGGGUCUUUGGAUAAUCGUGGAUGAUUUUCAUAAAGCUUUCAGAUCUAAAGUUAAUAUUUUGAGAAAUCGAGCAAAACCUGUGCACUUUUAUCAGAUUGCUGCAUGUCAAAUAAUGCUGUUGCAAGUAACGCGAUACUCGAGAACAUCGAAGAUAAUGGCUCAGGAGAUUUCAGGGAAAAUUGUUGGUCAUACAGUCUCCUUUUUCAAACUUCUCUCAAAAUGUAAUGGUAUUGACAUUAUAGAUAAGCUUCUGAUUAACUCUUAUGAAUUUUUGUCGCAGGUCGCCGGACACAUUGUAUCGCCUCAAGAGUUUUGGGAUAAAAUCCCAACUGUGUCGUUUCCACCUAAGAUUGCUCUUUUAAUUAUCAGAUAUUUCCCGACGGAAAAAAUGUCAUGGUCAAUAGCCGAGUUAGAUAACUCAUUUAAUGGGGUUACAGAGUGGCUCAACUUUGUUCAUUAUUGUACUACUCGUUGGUCGUGGCAAGUUGAUUACUCUUUGAUUCAAAAGCUAUAUGACUUGUUCAAGGUUAAAAAAUUUCAAAACUUUGAUGAGGAAAACGAUGCAGAUACUGAUCGACCGAUAUAUGGUACCCUAGACUGGAAGCCACCUUUCAAGUCGGUCUUUAACGCUUUUCUUGAUCUUCUUAAAUCUUGUCCUAUGUCAGUCGUGCAGCUUGAGAGGGUUACUCCGCUGGGGCAGAUGGUAUCAUUGAACAACCCGGUUUUACUAGUGAACAGAAUCAACCUUUUGUCGGUGCUUGCAACAAAAGCAAGCACGAACUUCGAGUCUAAAUUCGAAGAUCUUUGCAACCCUUACGUCAAGCGGGAGGUAGAGAAAGUAUUCGCACCGCAUAAAAUGUAUGAAAUAAUCUUGACAGGAUUUUGCUCCUUGCUCCUAACAAACGCGAGAAAAGGCUUCAUAACAAAGGCAAGAAUUGUUUAUCAAAUUUUCCAGCAAAUGGCAAAUGGUCGCGGUUUGAUCGAAGAUGGAGCAAUGUCUCAAUUUUUUAAGCGCGUAUACGCUCUUGAAGGAGAGAUAGGAAAGUCGCUGCCAUUCUUGUUGAAAGGUCUUUAUACCGCUAUGACUCUUUUAAUCAAGCAAAAAAAAAAGCAUGAGCUCAUCCCAAUGCUCGGGUUCUACGAAAAACACCUGCAUAUUUUAGAUACUGGUUGGGUCAUGAGCCAUUUGUACCAGAUCGUUGGCAAUCUCGCCAAUGAGGAAGACUAUCUUUACCACUUUCAUUUUGCAGUUACCAAGUUCCUGGUUUCAGAGAAAGCGAUGACAUGGUGGUCUGUAGUGAACUAUAACAAUUUCAGUUCUACGAAAGAUCAAAGCAUACCUUUCUAUACUAAAAUUAUUGAUAAUUGUGAUGCAUCGUCUUUUUUACAGAUAAGGCACAUUUUCCUUCGAACUGCUGUUGACUACUUGUCACAGAGAAGGGAUGUUCAGUUCAUAAAGUUUUUGAGAGCCCUCUCAAGAAGAGAUCAUACUUUCAAAAUAUUUCCGACUCUACCUUUCACGGCCACUCAUUUUGAAAUCAUAACCCGAACCCUGCGUGCCUUAAAAAAGGUUCACGACGACUCAUUGAUCACAGCGUUCAUAGCCAAACUCAGAGCUAGGCAAUUAACCGCACCCCAUGCGCCACUGAUAAUGGACGUUACAAAAUUUUUGAACACUGAGUUUGUGGAUUCCAUGAAGAACAACGCAGAUUUUUUGCAUCUCAAAAGCCAAUUCAGUAUAUCAGAAGCAGAAACGCAGAAAAGCUUAUUUCGUGAGAUCUUGUUUCGCUUGAAAGAUGAGACCGAGAGGGCAUCAUAUAUCGAGGAAGAGCUUCUGAAUACUAGUUCACAAGGGCAGCCAGUACAGCCUUUUAUUGAUAAACUUGCGUCCACUUUUGGAACAGGUCUUUACUCCAACGAUUAUGUGUUUUUCGCACUUCUGACUGAGGCGAACGUAGUAGCUGGCAACCAAUGGUGGGCGCUGCUUGCCUUAAUACAGCUAAUCAACAGACGGCUGGCGACAACCUUCUGUCAGGUCAGCUCCUCAGAGUUUUACGGGUUGUACCGCCUCCAUUUGAUAUUAAGUCAAAUUUUCAGUCGGCAAAACACAGCUUCGAUUAGCAGCGAGGCUGAGGCCAAUUUUUACAAGGAGCUAUGUGUAUUUUUUGGACAAAAUUUGAAAAUAUCAUCAGGAUUUUUAGAGCAUGCGAAGCUAAUCGCUAUGUGUGAAGAGUUUCUGGAUAAGUCUUCUUCAAACGUAAUGGUACUAGAGAAUCAAUCUGCAUGGAAAAUCAGCAAUCCUUUCCUCAGCCAGGUAAGGAAACAGAUCGAGAAGCAUAAUCUUCGGGCAUUUAUUCCCAUGGAAAGCAUUACAAGCCCCUUGGCGCCCGAAGUAGAAGACUAUCUUUCGAAACUUUCUGCAGUUGUCCGUCUAAACAGAAAUUCAACAACAAAAUCCAAUAUUCGGUAG